CGAGCGUUGCUUGCGGGCGCGACAGCCAGCGUGCUCUCCGCUUUACAUUACACCAGUCCUCUCCUUACCUUCUCUCCAAAAGACGUUGCUGCGGAAUCGUGCGCGUCACUAUCUGUUUGAAGGGCGGGAUUUUGCGAAAUUGCAGGGAUAACUAUCAGUACAUCUGCGCCGGAUGCUUGCUUCCUACGGCCGGAUAAACCACCACGUCGCAUGGAAAACCUUCCUCGAGCUUUGCAGCUCUCCUCACCCGGACUCUAUCUUCAAGCAUGUCAAGCUCUGAGAACGAGUUGCCGGGGUCAUCAAGUGAACAGCAUCGCGCAGAGGAAUCAGUCAAAUCGGCCGAUCCAAGCAUCGCGGCGAAAGAGGUGGACGUCACCGAUGAGGACGACGCGAUAUCAAUAGCGCACUCCACGACCACCACCACCACAUCAGGGCACGAUGAAGAACAGGCGUCAGAGAGACCAAACCCCCCGGCAACGUUGACGAGAACAACGUCGGUGAAUCCUGAGGCAAUCAUUGUCGAUCGGAAAAAUCGAAGAGGCCUGUUCGGCUCCCUGACCAUUAUUCCCGAAGUGGAAAAUGGCUAUCAUUACGCGCGGAAGACAAAGUGGUUCAUCACGGCCAUCGUGGCUGCCUGCGCCAUGGGUGCACCCAUGGGGUCUGCGAUCGUCAUGCCGGCCCUGCAGGACGUUGCAAAGGCAUUCGGAGCAUCCUCAACGGUUGCCAACAUGAGCGUUGCGGUCUACAUGCUCAGCAUGGCUAUAUUCCCGCUCUGGUGGUCUUCGUUCUCGGAAACAGCCGGGCGAAGGACGAUUUAUCUCAUCUCCUUCACCAUGUUCACCGUCUUCGCAAUUCUCUCCGCGGUAUCCACCAACAUGGCGAUGCUGAUAGUGAUGCGGACAUUAUCAGGCGGCGCCGCCGCAAGUGUGCAGGCCGUGGGCGCCGGGACCGUGGCAGACAUCUGGGAGACAAAGGAGCGUGGGAGGGCCAUGGGAAUGUUCUACCUCGGACCUCUAUGCGGGCCGCUAUUUGCACCCAUCAUAGGCGGAGUCCUCGCGCAAACGCUAGGCUGGCGGAGCACGCAGUGGUUCCUCGCCAUAUACGGCGGGCUCACUCUCCUCCUCAUCACCUUCGCUAUGCCAGAGACCCUACGUAGAACAGAACUACAAGUGCCUACUCAAACUCAACAGUCUACCUCAGAAAAGACCACGGCAAGACCCGACCUCACCCGCGUCUCCACCCGCCAAUCCGUCCAAACCACCACCAAAACCACCCUCAAAACCCUCCGCCGCUACUUUCUCGACCCCCUUGUCGUCCUCACCUGGCUCCGCUACCCUCCCGUCGCUCUAACCGUCUACUACGCCUCCAUCACCUUUGGCUCCCUCUACUGCCUCAACAUCAGCAUCCAAGCCUCCUUCUCCACCGCUCCCUACAACUUCAAAACCAUCAUUGUCGGCCUGCUCUACAUCCCCGGCUCGAUCGGCUACAUCCUCGCGAGCGUCUUCGGCGGGAAGUGGAUCGACAAGAUCAUGCACCGCGAAGCGCGCAAGGCGGGCCGGUACGAUGCAUCUGGGAAGCUGAUGCUGCGGCCUGAGGACCGCAUGCGGGAGAACGCGUGGAUGGCGGCGGUGCUGUGGCCCGGCGCGCUGCUGUGGUACGGCUGGACGGUGCAGCACGGCGUCAUCUGGAUUGUGCCUAUGGUUGCGAAUUUCUUCUUUGGCGUGGGAUCGAUGCUUAUCUUUGCGCUGUCCUCGACUAUGCUAACUGAGUUUAUGCCCAAGCGUGCGUCCGCUGGCAUAGCUAUCAAUAAUUUUGUGAGGAACAUAUGCAGUUUUACGGGAGCCGUAGUUGCGGAGCCCAUCAUACAUGCGAUUGGGAAUGGCUGGUUCAUGACCAUACUGGGCUUGUGGAGCUUGGUGACGGGACUGAUGGUUGUGUGGGCGAUGGGACGAUAUGCAGGGAAGUGGAGGGUGAAGAUGGUGGCUGCGCUGGGAUAGACGAGCUGUUUUGGGCAUUUAGCGACGCACGAGCAUUGCAUGUAUAAGUUGUUAGCGUCAAAUGAUAU